AUGUACUACCACCACUCCCACCAGGGUUGGUCUGGUGACUACCCUCGGCAACAAUCGUGGGGACCACCCCCGCCAUCAUCCUAUCCUUACCCAUACUCAUCCAACGCGCAAUACCAACCUCCCCCAGGCCCACCUCCGACUUCUCAUUACUCACCGCCCCCCGGCCCCCCGCCAUCUCACUACUAUCCUCCUCCUGGUAGUUAUCCGUCUCCGGCACCUUCCCCUUACUACGGCCAGCACCAUACUCCUACGCCGCCGCCUCAGUCGUCCUCACCUCAUCAACGGUCUUAUCACAACCACUCGCCGUCAUGGGGUCAGAACCUCCCGCCCCGCCCGCCUCAGGAUUCGCAGCACUUUGGCAGGGGCGCCCCGUCCAAUUACCGCUUCCAGUAUUCCAACUGUACCGGUCGGCGUAAAGCCCUCCUAAUCGGUAUCAAUUACAUCGGGCAGCCGAACCAGCUGCGCGGGUGUAUCAACGAUGUUACCAACAUGUCGACGUUCCUGAACCAGAAGUAUGGAUAUCGCAGGGAGGACAUGGUCAUCCUCACAGAUGAUCAGAAGAACCCGAUGAGUAUACCGAACAAGGCCAACAUCCUCAGGGCCAUGCAAUGGCUGGUGAAGGACGCGCAGCCCAACGACUCUCUAUUCAUCCACUUUUCGGGACACGGUGGUCGUACACCUGAUCUUGAUGGUGACGAGGAAGAUGGUUACGAUGAUGUUAUCUACCCGCUCGACUACCGCACCGCAGGACAUAUCGUGGACGAUGACAUGCACGCCAUCAUGGUCCGUCCACUACGCCCCGGUGUCCGUCUAACCGCCAUUUUCGACUCUUGCCACUCUGGAACCGCUCUCGAUCUCCCCUAUGUCUAUUCCACGCAAGGUAUCCUGAAGGAACCCAACCUCGCCAAGGAAGCAGCGAUGGACCUAUUCAGUGCCAUCAACUCCUACGGAAAAGGCGAUCUCAGCAGUGUCGCGCAGACUGCUAUCGGCUUUUUCAAGAAGGCCGCCAACGGCGACACCGCGCGCCAACGGACCGUUAUGACAAAGACCUCGCCUGCCGAUGUGGUCAUGUUCUCCGGCUCCAAGGACACCCAAACCUCUGCGGACACUUUCCAAGACGGUGAAGCCCGAGGAGCCCUAAGCUGGGCAUUCAUCAAGACCUUGCAGCAACGACCUAACCAAAGCUACCUGCAAUUGCUGAACUCGAUCCGCAAUGAACUGGAAGGGAAGUAUUCACAGAAGCCGCAGCUGAGCUGCAGCCAUCCAUUAGGUAGGUGCAAUGCAUCACUAGUUCCUCCGAGGACGGACAAUGACUAA